AUGGCAAAGUCGUCGCGGUCCAAAUGGAAGAAGCUGCACAAGCGGCAGCGCGCACAGCAGGUUGCAGCCGCUGUAUUAAAGCGUGUUGACCGCCUGAAUGGCAAGCUUCACCUCGCUGCGGAGGGCGGGCUCAGCGCGGUGCCGAUGGAGGACCCCGAGGUGCGCUUUCACUUCGUCAACCCCGAGAUGGAUAAGAAUGUGCCGCACUGCAGCAAAGGCCCUAACAACAACUACGAGGAUCUUACCCGCGAGUCACUUGACUUCACCAAGCCUCUGCGUUUGCAGCCUCCGAAGACGAAUUACUACGGGAAAAGCGACCCGAACAUGCCCCACCCAGUGACGCAGCAGUUUGAAGUCGUAAACGCAGUUGCACCCGUUGCGGGCCACGCGAUCUCUGUUGAGGAUGUUGAGCGCAUGACCAUGGAGGAGCAGCGGCAGGCUCAGCAACAGCAAUUAAGCAAGAGCAACGUUAAUGAUAAUGAGGAGGAUGACAAUGGGAUGGAGGAGUUCGUUUUGGGAUGCAACGAUGCAGCAGGGGAGACGUCGGUGAACAUUGAUGCGCUGCUGCACGGCGGGCACGACGGCACGGUGAAGAAGAAGAGCAAGAAGGCGGGAGCAGCAGAAGCGCCGCGGCGCAUCAGCAGCAUGGAGAAUCCCGCAAAGAGGAACAACCGCGUCGUGCAGGUGGCGGGCGACAAGAAGACGAAGCGGCUAUCCAGCGUCCCGGCCGAGCGCUUAGCGAAGUCGAGCAGCAGUGGGGCGAAAAGGAGGCCGAAAGUGGGUCAGUGA